ACAUAUACCACUCCUUUCAACUCAAAACCAGACCCAUAAACAACUACAGAGAAGAUCAUCAAUCAGUUAAGGGGGAAAAAAAGGCUAAAAAUGGGAAAAGGAGUGAGCUUUUUGCUUCUAGCACUUGUUCUCUGCUAUGGGGUGACAGUGACAAUGGGUUACAGAGGCGAGAAACAAUGGAGGAAAGAAAGAGAAAGGAGGGAAGAGGAGAUGGAACCUGAAGAAGAAGAACAAGAAGAAAGUGAAAGUAGAAAGAGUUGGUUCUUGAUGCCAAAAUCAAGGCCUGUGAUGACAACUGAUGCUGGAGAAAUGAGGAUGGUGAGAAGCCCUGGAGGGAGGAUCGUUGAUAAACCGUUGCACAUGGGAUUCAUUACCAUGGAGCCUCAGUCCCUUUUCAUUCCCCAGUAUCUUGAUUCCAGUUUGAUCCUUUUCGUUCGUACAGGGGAAGCCAGGGUUGGGUGCAUUUACAAAGAUGAGAUGGUGGAGAGACGACUGAAGAUAGGGGAUGUGUAUCAUAUACCUGCUGGGUCAACAUUUUACAUUUUGAACCCAGGUGAGGGGCAGAGGCUUCACAUCAUCUGCAGCAUUGAUCCCUCAGAGAGUUUGAAUUUGGAUACUUUCCAGUCUUUCUUCAUUGGCGGAGGAACCCAUCCAACAUCUGUCCUUGCUGGUUUUGGUCCUGAAACUCUUUCUACCGCCUUCAAUGUGUCGAUGUCGAAAUUGGAGGAAAUAAUGAGAGGGCAACAAGAGGGUCCAAUUGUGCAUGUGACCAAGUCUCAUGCACCAAGCAUUUGGACAAAGUUGUCUCAACUUCAAGAGCAAGAUAGGCUAAAGCAGGUGAAGAGAAUGGUCCAGGGAGAAGCUGAUGAAGAAGAGAAAGAGUGGUCAUGGUGGAAACUGUUUGGUAUUUUUUCUGGAAAUGAAAGAAGAAUUUUCGGGGAUAAAGCCCCCGACUCAUACAACAUCUACAAGAGAAAAGCCGAUUUCAAAAACGACUAUGGAUGGAGUGUUGCAGUGGAUGGAUCCGUUUAUAAACCUUUCAAACACUCUGGCACCGGCGUUUACCUUGUCAAUCUUACUGCGGGAUCAAUGAUGGCUCCACAUGUGAAUCCCAGAGCAACUGAAUAUGGCAUUGUAUUAAGGGGAACAGGUAGAAUCCAGAUUGUGUAUCCAAAUGGAACAUUAGCCAUGGAUGCGAGGGUAAGAGAAGGGGAUGUCCCUUUCGAGUUCUUUGGGUUCACAACAACAUCGGACAAGAACCGGCCUCAAUUCCUAGUGGGUGCAAACUCCCUGCUUCACACCUUCAACACCCCAGAGCUGGCGGCUGCAUUUGGUGUGACGGAGGAGAGGAUGAGGCGCUUCAUCAAUGCACAAAAGGAAGCAGUUAUCCUGCCAUCAGCAUCAGCAGCACCGCCUGACGAGGAUUUGAAGGGGAGGGAGGAGAAAUCUGAGGAUGAAGGCCCAAAGGUGAUAAGGAACUUUGGGGAUCAAAUGAUUAUGGGGUUUGAUUAAAUGAUUUGAGUUGUUGGGUUUGGGGUGUGAAUGGGAAUGGGAAUGGGAAUGUAGUAGGGUUAUUGCAGGCUAGGAAGCUUCUUGUUUUCCAGCGUUAGUUUUUUGAGCUUUUGCUUGUUUUAAUGUUUUAUUUUCAACCUUUUUUCUUCUUCUUCUUCUUCUCUUAUCAUGGAAUAAAAUCAAUAACCAUGUUCAUCCU